AAGCAAGCAAAAUAAUAAACACAAGCGUAUUAAAUAGUUUAUUCUCAAAACUAAUUCCUUUCUUUCUCUUCUUUCUUACAUUUUCUUGUCCAAGAAAAUAAAUUCCCACUGUGCUCUACACGAACAAAAAAUCCAUUCCUGCUUCAACUUAUUUUUCUAAGAAACUAAUUUCAUGGAAAAAAAUCAGUUAAAUCUGAACCAGCCACUUUUAUCAGUGAGGAGAUUCACAUCAACAAUAGCUUCUGAAUCAGAUAACACUGAUAAUUCAUUUGCUAAGUUACCAUAUCUUCCUUAUAAAUCAGAGUUAAGUUCAGUUCCGGUGAGAAAUGCCGGUGCAGUUCCUUUCCAAUGGGAGAAAACACCGGGAAAACCGAAAGAUGUAUCAGUUAUUGAGAGGGAAAAGGAGGGAUUUGAGGAGAAGGGAGGUUCUGAUUCGGACGACGGAGACGAGAGUUUUCAAGAUGCGCGCGACGCGCUUUCUAGGACGGAAUCGUUCUUCAGGAGAAGUAGUAUGAGUUCGGAUGAUCGGGAAGUACAUGUUCAACGAAAUGGAGGUUUCGCGUGCGAUGAACACGCUCGCGAUUUCAUGAUUGAUCGAUUCUUGCCUGCUGCGAAGGCAAUGAUAACUGAAACACCUCAAUGUGCUUCCAAGAAGGCAGGUUUUGGACAAGGACAACAAAAGCAGAUAUGGAAAAUUAGGAGUUCGGAGAAGCCGUCUCCUUUUAAUCAGCAUAAACCGAAAUCGGUACGGUAUAGGGAAGGAGGCGUAUUCGAAAGCGAUGAUUCUGAAAACUACAUUACUAAUACUACAGCUUGUGGACUAUUUCCUCACUUUCGUGUCUCGAAUCCGAUGGCAGGAGGAAGAAUGGAGAAUAAGGUUCAGAGCAAUGCAGGUUGUAGUUCAACUGUUUUGCCUUUUGAAACUCCAAAAGAGGAGCAUGCUAGAACUUCUUAUCAAAGGGGUUGCGGCGAAUCAUUAGCCUGUGAAAGUCCCACUGUUGAGAAAACUCUAUAUGUUGAUUUUAUACAUAGGACCAAGUUUGAAACCGAUCACAAAGGAGAUGAUUUCGAGGCUUUGAAAAGAGAUAGUGACAUUUACGAGAAUCUUUCGGUAGAUUCUUUGCUCGAAAAUAACCAAGGGUUGGAUGAUGUAAAUGUGAAGACAGCAUUAGAAGCUAAAUUUUCGCAAACUCUUGAUUCGCCUUUCCUUGUUUGUUCUAAAAAUCCUAACAGUGGUAUGCGAGUGGACUCAGAAAAGCUUGGCAUCCAAGGAAGUGACAUAGACCAGGACUCGGUAUCGAUUUCAAGUCCGAAAAUGGUUCAAUGCAAAAAGAUAGAUGAUGAUAACCUAAUUAAGAAUUCCGACUUCGAUAUACAGAGGCAACCAGCGGCCAAAUUGAUUGAUCGAGAACAAACAGUGGAAUACGAUAGGAAAAUCGACUUAGAAAGCCAAUGUGGCUUGACAUUAGGCCAUCAGGAACUAACUGGUGCAACAAGCUUUUUCGAGAUUCCUCUUGUCCUUCCUUCACUGAAAGCUCCGUCAGAGUCAUGGCUUACGCGUACUUUACCGGCCAUUCCCACGAAAAACACAUCUUCAAAGCCUAAGCCUUGUUGCAAAUAUUUAUUCAAGACAGCAUCACUGUGUCCCAAGUUGAAAACAAUUGUGCAUAGUUCCAUGAGGAACUGAUAAAACCAAUUGCAGAAGAUUGAAUCAGAGAGAAGGGUUUUAUAAGUUGAAUGCUUGCUAAAAUGUACUGCAUUUUGGUAUUGUAGUUUCUUAUCCUAUCCUUCUGGUAACUCUGUAAAUGAAACUGUAAAUCACUGUUCCAUUUUAUGUAUAUAUCUUGUGUAAAUGUAAUAAGUAAUUUCAAUGAAAACAUGUUGUCUUUGUAAACUA